AGCUGUCAGUGCCUUCAGGCGCACACUUGUUAGGUUCUAGGGCCAUGAAUUCGGCAUCUACAUUCGUUUUUCUUCCAUUUAUAUUUUUUGUUACUGGUCAUCUGUAGCCGUUGCCUUUGCCGCCCUGCGAUUGUUGUCCAAAAUUGACACCGUCUGGCUGCCCCUGGGCGAAAACUAUAUAAAAAUGUAGCGCAAUUUACGGCUAACGUUGUGCAUUUUGGGUGGCAGCUGAAGCAGCCGCCGGAAGUGCCAGCCCUUGUUGACUGCGGCCCACUCUGCUCCAUUCGGACUCCUCAUCAAGCCAAACGGCUGCCAAUUUCAUGGUACGCUUUGCAUUUGUGCCUUCUGUGAGCUUCACUCAUGCUCUCUCUCCCCAACGCUUCUCUCGGCUCUUUUUUGCUGGUCGUCGUUUUUUUUUUUUGCGUGUCUGUGUGUGUACGUGCUCUCUGUCUGGCAUCCCGCUCUGGCUCCGACAGCUGUGUGGCGGCUACUGCGCCUGCUCGAAAUGCCAUAGCGUAUCGAUAGCUGAUAGCUGAUAGCCAAUAGCCAAUAACCAAUAGGUAACCAACCUCUUUUGUUCUUUGGGCGUGCCCAGCUGUUCAAUUCUAGGGGUGGCUGCGCCUGAGACUGUCAGCUCGAUUGGAGCUUUUUGGCUACUGAAAUGCCGCAUUCGGAGCGACCCAGCUCGCCCGAGGAUCACAUUUCAGACCAAUAUUUCAUCUAUCGCCUGGAGCAUGACCUUUACGAACUGUUCGAAGAGCAGCAGCUGCUGCUGGAUAUUGUGGCCCAGCAGCAGGAGCGUCUGGAGCGUCAGCUUGAAAUGCAACGGGUGCUAGUAGCUGACCCACCAGCGAGGCAGGCAACUCCCGUGCCCGAAUUGUUGCAGAUUGACGAGAUUGGCAUUGAAGCAGAAGCGGAGCCGGCACCCUUUGUUGAGCCCGAGCUGUUGGUGAUAAGAGAGUUAAACGAGCCGCCCGAUACAUUGCUGAAGUGCUCGGAGCUGGUGCCGCCAUUGCCACCGCCACGCUGCAUUUGCAGCCAAAUGCAACGACAGACGCGACGUAGCUGUCGGCCUUUUCUGGAGGACUCGAAAGCGGCCAAGUGCACGCCACCAAAGCGCGGCGGUCUUGGCUACGAUGCACCCUUUCCCUAUCCCAAGCGCAUGGCCAAGAAUCGCGAACGACGCGCCCUCUGUAAGUCGAGCUCCGGUGCAGCUAUUGCUCCAUACCAAAAUCCUUUCUCUUCGACAGUUAUUUUCGCGCUAGUUGAUAAUCUCGUGUUGCAGCUGCAACGCUGCAUGAGUCUAGCCGAGACGGGGGCUUUGCCAUUGUCCCUAUGCUCGGCAGAAGCGAAUCAUCUUGUCAUCGUCGAGCUGGAAAUACCAAAAGAGGAGCCUGUGCCAGCUGCCAAUCUGUCAACGGGCGCCCUGCCCAAAACCAAAUUCAAUCACAUUGACAAACCUGUCAAACGCUCUCAUCGAACAAAGGCAGCCAAGCACUUACACAAACAACCGAAAAGCGAAGCAGAUCAGCUGGAUACGGAAAUAGACUUGGACUGUGAGUUCGGCAUGGAUCAUAUCGAGAAAUUUCGCGCGAAUCGCGUGCGCGACGACGAGCGCAGUUCCUACAAUGCCACGCCUUCACGCAAGCACAAGACCCAGAAAUCGGCUGAGGGGCUCAUGAAUUCCGCAGCGAGCGAUGACAUUGAUGGCGAAGUACUGGCCGCUGCCUUGGCCUCUCUGGCCAUCAACGAGGACACCAACACCCAGCAGGGCAACCCAUCGCUGCCGGGCUGGUAUGAGAACGGCAUGGCCGCAUCCGACACUCAGCUAGACACACGUCCCUGCUCGCCCGAGGUGCCGCCAUUCUCACUACUGCCCGGAGGGCUGCAUGGCAACAGCUUCAUCAAUCUGAUGCCCAGCACUUCGGCUCAGGCGCGUGCUCUAUCCAUGGCCAUGUCCAUGUCGGCACAUCUUGCCGAAUCUGUUCAAUCCUCCUCGUCUCCAUCACCCCUCGAUAUGCGCUCCCAAAUGUCCACUUUUAUGCAACAACAACACAAUUCCAAUGACCAGAUGCAGACUAUGCCAGAUCGUCUUUCGGGCUUGUCCAAAAAUCCAUUAGCAUUCACACAUGCUCUAGAUGGCAAUGAGAAUAAGAUAUUUGUGCCUAGACAUCCGGUCAAUGGCAGUGAACUAAAUGCAGCUACCUGCGGUAUACGCCGAUUGAACUGCGGACCAGAGAUGUGCUCGGCAGAUCCACUGUCAUCGUCUACCAAAUACAACCACUUCAACUACAAUAACGUUAAUAAUUUGGCCAAUCAGUCCAAUAGCAAAGACAACGGCAACAUCAUUCAGUCAUCCCGAAUGGACAUUUGUGGCCAGGAAUAUGCUGCCUCAUCGCCAGGCAAUCGUUAAAAUAAUUUUACUAAUUUUUUGUUUAUAAAUUUCGUUAUAUCUGAGCGCAUUCGAAUGGAUUAUUUAGUUUUACACAAUUGGUUUUAUU